GCGGAACUGAUCAUUGUAUUGCACACCUCUAAAAAAAACACUGCCUCUGAUUUAUCAAUAUAAAAAAGAUCCUCUGAGAGGAGGGCACUUUUGUGUGAUGGCAACUUCACUUCUAGGGGAAGAACCGAGGUUAGGCUCGACUCCUUUGGCCAUGCUCGCCGCCACCUGCAACAAGAUCGGCAGCCCCAGCCCGUCUCCCUCGUCCCUCUCGGACAGCGCGUCCUCCUUCGGCAAAGGCUUUCACCCCUGGAAACGCUCCUCCUCGGGCAGCUGCAACGUGGUGGGCUCCAGCCUGUCGGGCUUCGGGGUGGCGGGCGCUUCUCGGAACGGCUCCUCGGCUGCUGCGGCUGCAGCGGCUGCAGCGGCGGCGGCGGCCGCCCUGGUCUCGGACUCCUUCAGCUGCGGCGGCUCGCCGGGCUCCAGCGCCUUCUCGCUGACCUCCAGCAGCGCGGCCGCCGCCAGCUCGCCCUUCGCCAACGACUACUCCGUCUUCCAGGCGCCCGUGAGCUCCGGGGGCGGCGGCGGCGGCGGCGGGGGCUCGUCCCAGGAGGCGGCCGCGCACCAGCCCGUCUUCCUCUCCAAGGUGCACACGUCGGUGGACGGGCUGCAGGGCAUCUACCCGCGCGUGGGCAUGGCGCACCCCUACGAGUCCUGGUUCAAGCCCUCGCACCCGGGGCUGGGCGCCGGCGAGGUGGGCUCGGCCGGCGCCUCCAGCUGGUGGGACGUGGGCGCCGGCUGGAUCGACGUGCAGAACCCCAACGGGGCGGCGGCGCUGCAGGGCUCCCUGCACCCGGCCGCCGGGGGGCUCCAGACCUCGCUGCACUCGCCGCUGGGCGGCUACAACUCGGAUUACUCGGGCCUGGGCCACUCGGCCUUCAGCAGCGGCGCCUCCUCGCACCUGCUCAGCCCCGCCGGGCAGCACCUCAUGGACGGAUUUAAGCCCGUGCUGCCCGGCUCCUACCCGGACUCGGCCCCCUCGCCGCUGGCCGGCGCCGGGGGCUCCAUGCUGAGCGGGGGCCCCGCCGCGCCGCUGGGGGGCUCGCCCCGCUCCUCGGCUCGCCGCUACUCCGGCCGGGCCACCUGCGACUGCCCCAACUGCCAGGAGGCGGAGCGGCUGGGGCCGGCCGGGGCCAGCCUGCGGCGCAAGGGGCUGCACAGCUGCCACAUCCCGGGCUGCGGCAAGGUCUACGGCAAGACGUCGCACCUGAAGGCGCAUCUGCGCUGGCACACGGGCGAGCGGCCCUUCGUCUGCAACUGGCUCUUCUGCGGCAAGCGCUUCACCCGCUCGGACGAGCUGCAGCGGCACCUGCGGACCCACACGGGCGAGAAGCGCUUCGCCUGCCCCGUCUGCAACAAGCGCUUCAUGCGCAGCGACCACCUCAGCAAGCACGUGAAGACCCACAGCGGCGGCGGCGGCGGAGGGGGCGGCGGCGGGGGCGGCUCCGGCAGCGGCGGCAAGAAGGGCAGCGACACCGACAGCGAGCACAGCGCGGCGGGCAGCCCGCCCUGCCACUCCCCGGAGCUGCUGCAGCCGCCGGAGCCCGGCCACAGGAACGGCCUGGAGUGA